UGGUUUUGGGGCCUUUGAGACAUCCGUGAGCACACUGACGUCCCUGUACAAAUAUAUUACACAGAUUCACACGUCCUCUUUAAUACAAAACCUUCAGACGUGUUGUUUGCUGCCUCAUGAGUUUCGUUUUCGUUUGUUUCUAAAACAGUUGAACUGAAGGUUGGCCGCUUCAGCUCACAGUUCUCGUUGCCAUUUUGAGGAACAAACCGUCAAAGCAAUGGACAUUGACGAAUGUGACUUGUAUACAGCAGGCGCUGAGGGUCAAGAUGCUGGACCAUCUCUGGAUGACAUGAUGCAUCUAAACUUGUAUCAGCCACACCUGCUGUCAGAGGAGGACAUUUACACAGCCCGUGAUGAAAUGCCACAACCCUCAGCACCACUGGAUAUUGCUAAAUUUAAAAUCAAAGUGGACUGGACAGAACCAUUUCCAGAGAGAUGGAGAGCAAGACUACAGAAAGCCCUUCAGAGCUGGGUGUCCAGACUGGAAGGAAAACCAUCAGUCCACAGCGUUAAACUCAUGGAUGAUCAAACCUGUGCGGAGGUGCAGAUUACACCAUCAACAGCUCUAAAGGUUUUAAAAUGUCACAGAACUGCAUCUCUUCACUUUAAAAAUAUUAAGGAUGAUAAGGAAGUGACUGCACAGAUUUAUCUGGAUGAAGCACAUCCUGUGACUGUACAAAAGACCCUGCUGGAGGAGAACAAAGCUCCAUCAUCAAAGGUGAACAGCACCAGACCUGUGACUUCAGCAGUAUCAGAAGACACAGACGAUAGUGAGGAUGUUGUUGCAGCUAACAGAGCUUCAAAAGAUGCUGAAAGCACACAAACAUUUAAAAGGACCCCCGAGACCUCAGCUGGACUCACUGUUCCCCUCUAUCAUUUCUGGUACAUUCUUCAUGCUUACAGAAAGGAGGUAGAGAAACUCGAGGAACAACAUGGAGUCAGUAUGCAGGCAGAAGUGUCAGUCUCAUUCAGAUCCACCGAGAGAUCAAGCAGUGAUUCUGUCUCCAAAGCCUCCGAGGACUUUCAGAAACUUGUCAGUGAUUGUGUGGUUAAUUGUAGUGAGGCUGCCGUUAAUCAUAAUGACAUGAAUUUAGAUAUUGCGACGCAGGCGAUUCGUACCAUCCAGUCUGAGGAGGCAAAGUUGAUGUUGACCAUGUCUGCCAGUAACGGCCAGUUCUUUGGACCGAAUAAAAUUACCGACAUGAUUAAAAGAGAGACAACAAGAGUGGAACAACCAUUCAAAUAUAAAUCAAAUGAAAUGGAUGUAGAUAACAACGUUUCUCGACAAAGAAGGUUUUCACUGGAGAUGGACACAAAGGAACUUCCAACUCAACUUGAGAUGAGCAAGGUUCAUUGGGAUCUGAUGAAUCUUUCCUGUAAGGAACAUUUGUCCCAACUUAAAACAAAGUAUGGAGUGUUUUUUAAUGAAGAAACACUGCAUAAAAAUGUAAUUAAAGUUCAGGCUCGAUCUAAAGGAGUUCAACAUAUUAAUCUGGAAAGUCAUGCCCUGAGAGCUCUAACACAACUCUACCAGAAACUUGCCUCAUCCACUGUCAGCUGUAAACUCACAAACCCUACAGAUGCUACCAUUGUGGCACCACUAUUAGAGAAACUUCAGCAGCAGCAUCGUGUUGUGGCAGCAGAUGAACCCUGGAGGCUUGCUGGACUGCCAGAACAUCUCGGUCCUGCCAUUUCUUAUAUUGAGAAGACACUUCAGAAGAAUGUGUUUGAUGACAAAAUGAAGAAAUCGAUUGGAUACGCAGGUGACAUUCCUCAUGCAAGAGACAUCAACUGGAAACAGAUGCCUAAUUAUGGACCAGGAGCAGUGGGUGGAGCAGAAUGGGAUGAGAGAGUGAAUUUUAGAGGGCAAGAUGAAAUCAGAUUCUAUACAUGACAGUAAAGGUGCUCAUGCUGAAGAGGAGACGUGUGCUAUUUGUAUGGACAGCUUCACCAACAAG